UACUGGCGCGACGCCCUCAAGCGCUGGGUAAAAUAUAAGGAUUUCAACGGCAACCGACAAUUACCUGGAAAUGUCAAUACUUACAUGCCACGGAAAACUGCUUUAGAAGCUCCGUUUGUUGCAUCUAAAGUUCGAUUUUACCCAUACGCUUCACACCCUAGGACUGCCUGCAUGAGAGUCGAGAUUUACGGCUGCCGCUGGAAACAGGCUCUUAUUGCGUACUCCGCACCGAAAGGUGGAGAUAUGCAAUCGAUGACAGGCGGUGCACGUUUCGAAGAUCUCUCUUAUGAUGGUGUUAUACGUAAUGGCCGAAUGAUAGAUGGGCUAGGCCAAUUGACCGACUCAUUUAGCGGACCAAACGAUUUUGAAUUACCCGACCCACUGGAUACACAAGGCACUCGAUGGGUCGGUUGGAACAAAACUAUGAUGGUGGACGAUGAAGUGAAAAUAACAUUUAACUUCAGCGAUACCAGAUUAUUCCAUUAUGUGGAUAUUCAUACAAAUAACAUGUUUACUAAAGACGUACAGCUGUUCAAAGAAGCCGAAGUAUAUUUCUCCCUCGAAGGAGAACGUUGGCAAGAGGACUACAUUUCGAACGAACCGAAGCAAGAUAGAGUCUCAGAACACGCUCGGAUAAUUCACAUUGACCUGGAGAACCGUACAGCAAAACACAUUAUGUUCAAGCUGAAGUUUCAACACGAAUGGAUACUACUCAGUGAGGUUACCUUCACUUCAGUUCCGACAGUUGUGAAUUCCUCUGUUGAAUUUCUGGAAGAGUACUACCGUUCUGACAAUUCACCUUCAUCACGUAAGAAAAGAAACUCGUCGUUCACAAUUUCUGUGGGUUGGACGUGCGGUGCCGUGAUCGGUGGGGGCUUGUUGAUAGCGAUCAUAGCUGUUCUGCUAACGAAGAGAACUAGACGGAUGCUAGUUAAUUUGUUGAAAAAACCUUUCUGUCCGACGAUACGAAACUCUAAUGCAAGGAACAACCGAAGGGCACCGAGGCUCGCUUUAGCUCUCGCGAACUGUCCUCCCAUACACAUGCUACGUCCGGCGGUCGUCGAUGAAGAUUACAGGGAGCCCUACAACAUAUGGAGGGAGACUCUCGGUCGUCGUGAGAAACUCAACAUGCAUGAUCAAAACGAGUACAAUGAGAUUUGCGAAGACCCGGAAUUCCCGCGGCCCUACAUGAUGAAACGACCGGACCCUCACGAAAGCUUCUACGCGGCUACGGAUAUAAUCCAUCAUACGUAUCCCGAUGAACGGACUUACAGGCGUGAACGACCACCCCCUGGACUAUUCACCUCGAUUAAGCUACCAGAAGCAGAGCCCCCAAAUGGAGUCGCACCCUUGUUAGAUUUUCCACGAGGUCGUAUGAGACCUGUAACCUUUCUUGGUGAAGGUCCCCAUGGCACUCUCCAGAUUUGCGAGACGGAUGGUAUCGACGAACUGAGCGACGAGGAAUUGCCCACUGGCAAUCGCCGCCGUCUUGUUGUGGUGAAGACUUUGUGGCGCGGGUGCCAUAGCGAUGUCAAGGCGGCGUUUGCCCGCGAAGCCACAUGGGGGGCUGGCCUAAAGCAUCCACAACUCGCACGCGUGCUUGGAUUGAGCCUGCUAGAACCUCCAUGCGCGGCACUCGACCGCGGGGACGCUAUACCAUUACCGACGAUUCUGAAGAUGGAACGCAGAUUGAGCUAUGCGAGCUUAAUCCGCGUAUGCUGCCAGAUUGCAAGCGGCAUGAAGUACCUAGAAUCGUUCGAGUUGGUACACCGAGACCUCGCAGCAAGAAACGUAACAGUAAGCGACGGUCUGCGCAUUAAAGUGGCAGACUACGCCAUGUUCUGCGAAGAAUUUAUUGGCGACUACCACAUAAUGGCUGAUGGAUCGCGCAUACCGUUACGUUGGAUGGCUUGGGAAAGUUUACUGAUGGGUAUCUACUCACCAGCUAGUGAUGUUUGGUCAUUUGGGGUAACAGUAUGGGAGGUGCUUACUUAUUGCUUAGCAAAACCGUUCGAGGAAAUGAACGACGAUCAGGUGGUGACUAACGCUAGUGACUGGCGCUAUGGAACCCGUGGUGCUCGCGUGCCGGCAGCGCCGUUACCACGCUGCCGCCGCGAGCUCUACGAUCUGAUGCACGAAUGCUGGCGACGUGAGCCGAUUCAACGGCCACGCUUCCACGACCUGCACAGAUUCCUCGAUCGUAUGUCUCAUGGCUACAAACCUCCUACACAUCGUUAACUCUUCUAUAACUGUUACACUAAAACGGAAUGCGGAAUUUUGACGGUAUAGCGCAGGCAAUGCAUUAAAAGAACUCAUUAAACUUAAUUAAUUAGUUAUAUUGUGAAGUUUGAUGGACAAAACGAAAACAUUUUCGUACGAGCUUUGAAAUAUUCUCUAUUUAUAAGGUGUUUAGAUUUAAAAUCUUACAGUAUAAGUAACUUAGUUUAGAGCCCGAGGGAUCGUCAAAUCCGAGAAAUUGAUAACAGACUGCGUAAAUUAUGUGAUAGGAAUCGGGCAGUAUUAAUAACAGUAUUUAUAUUACAAGUAAGUUAAUGUAACAUAUGAAGUGCAUAAUCAGGUGUGAAGCCGCUUUAGCGUAAAUUUACAAUGUCGACUUGCCUAUGCUACAUCUCUAGUCAUCCCACCUUUCUUACAUUGCGUAGCAUUAGCAAGUUAAAAGACAUAUUUACUAUUAAGUAUAUUCUCUUGGGAUAGAUUGUAAUCGAUCAAAUAAAAUAUCGAUGCCCCCCGUAUUUUUACCGGUGUAUCGACAUUUUAAAACAUGUUGUGGUUUUCUAAGACAGUUGUAUAAAAUAGAUAUAUUGAGUGAUUGUAUGCAAUGCUGGCAUACGGCGUAGAUAGAAUAGUAAUUAAGAGAUUACAGCUCGGGACACCACAUCAUGUUAGGAUAUCGAUGUUGUUGACAAUAUCUUCAAAAGAUACUUAAAGUACACGAUAUACGUGUUGUCAGAACAUCGGAAUCGCGUUCGAUUUCAAGCUAUCCCCAGCGCCCUUUGCCUAGCGCUCCCACGAUCUUCCACUAUCACCGCCUUUAUGGCAACCCUUUAAUUAGGAACACUAUUGUAAUGCACGCUAAGCUAUUUACCUUUCCUCAAGCUUUUAAAUGAGUGACUUUUUUCAUUAGCGUACAUUUCAAAAGUGUUCUGUCUAGUUCGUAAACUGGUUAUAUAAGGAUUUAUGUCGUCAAAUUUUCGAACAUCAGUUUACCUCAUGUUUUUCGGAAUAUUUUCUAGAUAUAUUUAAAAAAUAUUCCACGUGAACAACAUAAAUCCAAUAUAAAAUCGGUCUACGCUCUAUAGUAUCUAUAUCCAAAUCUAACUCCUAUUUUUUUAAUCUGUUUUAUAUGUUAAGGUUAUAUACUUCGUGAGGCUAAACAGCUUCAGGGGCAAUAUAUGCCCUGGAGGCUCCUCUGCUUCUUGUUUUCUUCGACCAGGCAUCAAUGAUUCUAUUCCCUAACUCCGUGAUUAUUGAUGGGAUUUUAUACUUGUCCAUAUAAGCGGAGUCUUUGUGAUCGAUUUAUUAUAUUGGUGCAAACCGAAUUAUUUAAAACCAGUCCUGGUCUAAUUAAAUAAAUAAUACAUGUGUCAUAGUUUUAAGGAUACAUUACUAAUACAUAAAUUGAAUGUCGUCAGUAAUUAUAAGUCAUUAACCUCGAUUCAUCAAGAACCUACAUCGGUCUUACGUGCAUUGAUCAGACUAUACGACGCAAAUUACUCUAUACGUCUGUCGUUUAAAAAUCAAUGCAUUCAAAAUUAUUCUUAUUAAAUAAAGGCAUUAUGAAACGGGGUGGUUACUGUUUAAAUUAACAGAUAAAGUUUAUAAUAAUAAUGUAUCCCUUUGAUCACGAAGAGCCAGUCACGUGACAAGAGGUGUAUGCGCGUAUUUAAUAUCAGAAGGGAUCAGCGCUGAUAUUAAUUGAAUUAUAAAUUAUACCAAAAUGGUAUUAAGUACAUCUCAAAAAUUUAUACAACUGAUCCCAGUUACUCAGGAUAUACAUAUUUUAAAGCUUUAAAUGUGCUCAUUAGUUGAAUUAGGUUUCAUAAAUAUAAAUAUAUUUAUAUAUAUAUAUAUAUCUCUAUAUCCGUUACCAUGACGACGGAUAGUAAAGGACGAUUACGUGAGAUUCUCCUAGCAAGCAAUAUCCAGAUUAGCUGUACAAUACAAGUAAGUUUUAAACUUAAGCAAUUAAUACAGUAAUAUAAGUCAUUGAUAUGUUGCAGUCUCUACUAUUGUUUUUUUUUUAUUAUUAUUAUUUCAUCUGUUUUCCGUAGUAAUAUUUUUAUAUUUAGAAUGACGAUUUGUGUGCUCUAGUC